AUGGGCCUACCCGCCGCCACCAUCUCGCUGGGCCCAAUCAAGGGCGUUGGUACCCUGAACCGCAAGCUCGAGUCCCGCAAGGCGGCCGGGAGCAGCGGUGGUGCAGCGGCAGAAGCAAGCGGCGACGAGCUCCAGCUCUCCGACAUCCCGGAUGACCGCGGCAAGGCUGUGAUUAUGCUAGCGGACGCGGUUGUGCAGCGGCUGGCUAAGCUUAUGUUCAUCCCCGUCGAGGACAUUGACAUCAGCCGGCCGUUCUCGCACUUUGGCCUUGACAGUAUGUCCGGCAGCGAGCUGAUCCAUUGGUUGAGUCAGAAGUUUGGCGUGGGGAUGUCGUUCUUGCAGCUGCUGGCGCCUUCCUGCACGCCGAAGAGUCUGGCAGGGACUAUCUUGGAUACUCUGAUGAGGAGCAAGGCUGCCACGGCGGAAGCUGCGGCAGCUGCUGUUACCAAUGGGUCAGCGGGGAAGACAAAUGUCCGUCGAGCUACUGCCGAUCCCAAGCCCGUCAUGCACUCCUAUGUGUGCUCUGUGGUCAACAAGAAUGGCGAUCAGCUUUACUCUCUCAGCGAGGGAACGCUCUCUAAAGAGUCAAGCGUCCCCGUCGACUUUGACGCGGUCUACGGCAUGGCCUCGCUGUCCAAGCUCAUGACCACCGUCGCCAUCAUGAUCUGCGUUGAGCGCGGCCAGAUCAAUCUUGAUGACGAUGUGGCCCCAAUCCUACCAGAUUUGUGCGCUCUCCCCGUGCUCGAUGGAGUCGAUGCCGAGGGCCGAUGCCUGACCAAGCCGCGCACCAAGACCAUCACGCUUCGUCUACUGAUGAGCCACCAGAGUGGCUGUGGAUAUCACUCCAGCCCCCCGCUGGCCCGCUGGGCUCGCCAGAAUGGCAAGACGAACAGCGUGUUUGAUAGCGACUUUGAAGUGAUGAAGACCUACCCCCUCCUCUUCGAGCCCGGCGCGGCCAUCGCACGCACCAACAACACCACCCUCGAGGACUUCAUGCGCGCCAACAUCUGGGAGCCGCUGGGCAUCACCUCGACCACCUUCCACCCCGAGCUGCACGAAGGAAUGAUGGACCGUCUGGUGACUUUGUACGAGCGCACCGACGACCAGGGCCUCGAGCGCGGGGACUGGCUCUCGCGCAUCCCCGCCACGCACGACUGCGGCGGCCACGGGAUCUGGUCCAUGCCAUGCGACUGGACCUGCUUCCUCACCAUGAUCCUUGCGGACGGAAUCCCGAUCCUCUCACCUGCGAGCAUUGACGAGAUUUUCAAGCCCCAGCAUGUGGCCUCUGGCGAUCUCCAGGAGCUGUUGACGGGUCCGCUGCGCGCGUCGCUUCGCUCCACGGUCGAUAUGGAUGCUGGGCGGGUUGAGAUUGCGCUGGGGGGCCCGCUGUAUAUGGAGGCGAUCCCUGGCAAGCGGUCUGCGGGUACUCUGCAAUGGGCUGGACGGCCGAAUUUGUUCUGGUGGAUUGAUCGGGCCAAGGGGGGGUUGCGGCCACGACGUUCACGCAGGUGA